AUGACUAUUAUUUUCGAAGAUCAACUCGAUCGAUUGGACAAACUGACUGGAGGAGAAAUAUUAGAGAUCUCCAAAGCCCGCGCCGAGGUACUCGAACCAGCCUUUGAUUCAUACCUCAACUCUGCCAAUCUUCGCGAAUAUGCACCUCCUCCAUCUCUUUUGCAGCUCGUUGCCUCCUCCGACAUCGCAGUCCAGCUGUCGCGCUGCAGAAAGUCAGGGGCCGCGAGCGACCUGGCCAUCACCAGAAAAUCCGAUACACUUGACGACAACUUCAUGGGAUACUGUGAAGAGUAUACAUGUGUAGUGUUUAAAGGCGAGGCGGGACUCCUUGACGAUUUCUUAGACGUUGUCGAGUUAGCUGCCGCCAAGCAUGAAAUCAAUAACACAACGGCGAUCUUGAAGGCUCCGGAACAGAUUCGCAUUCCUUUUAGGGGUCUGGAAUAUGGACUCAAAUAUGGAGAGUUUGUCGAUCGUGUUGAAGUGCUCCAGUGCGCUAUGUGGAUUAGAACUUCACCAAGCGGUAUGCCGCAUCUCUCAUCCUUACUGGCCGUUCAUCCCGUGCUGACUAUCACUGAAGAACAAGAAAAGGGAGGUAAAAGCUUUGUCGAAAUCGCCAUAGAUUCACGAACUCCCCCACCCAGUACUCCUGAAUACAUACCGGCUUCACCUGAUGCUCUCAUAGCAUUCAACGCCAGUCUCGAAGACCAAGAUGUGCCUAGCCAGAACUUGAGCGACAGCGAUAGUCCUUUGUCUUCCUGCAGAUCGUCUAUAUCUACACCUCCUCUUCUCGACGAUUCAGAUUCAGAUUCUUCGCACAAUUCGAGUGAACUAUCUGACCCACCAACAAUCAUCCACACACCGCCAUGGUUUGGAAAUCUCGAUGAAUAG